AUGGCUCAAGCGCCAAGUUAUCAGAGUGCCAUUGUCAAACAGGUACUAGCUGGUGAUUCAAUAAUUGUACGCGAUCAACCACGUGGUGGUCCUCCACCUGAAAGACAAUUAAAUCUAUCCGGCAUAACUGCCCCAAGAUUAGGUCGCCGAAGUGGCGAUGGAAAGCAAGACCAAAAAGAUCAGCCAUAUGCUUGGGAAAGUCGUGAAUUUUUAAGAAAGAAACUCGUUGGCCGCAAAGUUUCAUUUUAUGUUGACUAUAAAGUCCCAUCAACUGGACGCGAGUAUGCGGUGGUACUUUUAGGGCAUGAAAAUAUUGCUGAUCUUAUAGUCGCUGAAGGGUUAGCAACUGUCAGAAAAGCAGGAGGAAAAGCGAGCGAAGAGCAAACUAGAUUAAGCGCUAUUGAAGAAAUCGCACGCGCAAGUAAAAAAGGUGUUCAUAAUGAUGAGGAAGAAAGCAAGAAUAUCAGAGAUGUUAAAUGGAAUAUCAGCAACGCUAAUCGUUUCCUUGAGCAAAAUAAAGGAAAAGAAUUUAACGCUAUUAUCGAACAUGUUCGAGAUGGUUCAACCGUUCGCGCUUUUCUCGAGGCUGACCACCAGUAUAUAACAAUACUGAUGUCAGGUAUCAAGGCUAAAUUCUUCACAGAAUCAAGGAUAUUACAAAGGGAUGUGAAAGUAACUCUUGAAGGUAUUUCUAAUCAGAAUUUCAUUGGGACGAUCAAUCAUCCGAACGGCAAUAUAGCGGAAUUUCUACUACGUGAAGGACUUGCGCGAUGUAUAGAUUGGAGUAUGGCUGUUAUGAGCACUGGUAAGGAGAAGCUACGUGCAGCAGAAAAGCAAGCUAAAGGAAAACACGCCAGGAUAUGGAAGUCUUAUAAGCCUUCGGUGUCUAGCGUCAACGCUAAUGAAAAGGAAUUUUCUGCUAAGGUAAUGGAAAUAGUAAAUGCAGACACAAUUGUGGUGAAAUUAGCGGAUAACACAACCAAAAAAAUCACAUUCUCUAGCCUGCGUCCUCCUAGUAAUGUAGCUGAAGCUCUAAUCGGAAAAGGCUAUGCAACGGUACUCCGUCACAGAAGUGAUGAUGAACAGCGUUCUUUGCGCUACGAUGAUUUAUUCUCCGCCGAAAUGAGAGCACAGAAAGGUAGCAAAGGCCUUCACAGUAAAAAUGAAUCAUCCGCACUCCGCAUUGCCGACGUCUCUGGAGAUUUGGCAAAGGCCAAGCAAUUCUUGCCAUUUUUGCAGCGUGCUGGACGAUCUUCUGGUGUUGUAGAGUUUAUUGCAAGUGGAUCACGUCUACGUGUCUUCAUUCCAAAAGAAACAUGUUUAAUAACAGUAUUACUCGCAGGUAUAUCGUGUCCAAAAACAAAGUCUCAACGUAGCCAAGCAGAGCCGUAUGGCGAAGCAGCUUUGGAAUAUACUAAAAGCCUUUGUAUGCAAAGAGAUGUGAAAAUUGAGGUUGACGGUACGGAUAGGGCUGGUAACUUUAUUGGAUGGAUUUUUGUUGACAGCUUAAAUAUUUCAGUAGAACUUGUCAAGAACGGCCUAGCUAAAAUUCAUUUUUCGGCCGAAAAGUCAAAUUAUUAUAACGAAAUGCAAACAGCUGAAGAAGCUGCGAAGAAAGCGAAAAUCAAGGUAUGGGAAAACUUUGCUGAACCUGAAGAGAAGGAAGAAGAAGAAGAGAUCAUACCAGAAACACCUAAGGAAACAAAAUCUAGAAGGAAAAAUAUAAUAGUCACCGAAAUUUUGGGGAUUGACCAUUUUUAUGCUCAGCAUAUUGAUGCAGGACCAAAACUUGAAGCUUUGACUAAUCAACUACGAAGUGACCUCAAAUCGAAUCCGCCAAUUCCUGGCUCAUACAGCCCUCAACCACGCGCGUUGUGUGCGGCAAUGUAUGAAGACGACGAAUGGUAUAGGGCACAAAUAGAAAAAGUUACUUCAUCGUCAGCUAUUGAAGUCCUGUAUAUCGAUUACGGAAAUAGAGCCACCGUCUCAACUUCUAGGUUAGCCCCGCUUCCUUCCGCUUUUCACAGUGUUCCUCCUCAAGCUCACGAAUAUCAUUUAGCUUUAGUUCAAGAACCAUCUGAUGUAAAUAAAGACUGUUCUACAAUCAGUAACGAUAACGAACAACAGUUGGGAUUGGAGGUUGAAUUCAAGUUACAAAAUCAAGAACACGUGUCGUUGUAUACUGCUGAUCAACUGAACGUAGCUAAGGAGCUCAUUAGCAAAGGUUAUCUACAAGUUCAAAAUCGAAGAGAAAAACGACUUGCUAAAUUGGUGACUGAGUUCAAAGAGAGUGAAAAUAUCGCAAGAAUGGACAGAUUAAACAUCUGGCGAUACGGUGAUAUUACUCCUGAUGAUGCAAGAGAAUUUGGUUAUAGCAAGUAA